CGUGCUCGCGACCGUUACACAGAAAUAUUGUUUAAAUGUUCGGCUUUUAUAACAUUUAUACACUCGACGCGUCAUUGCCGCGCGCGUUGCCAUAAAGCAAAAUAGACCGUAAAUUAGGUUCCAGAAGUUCGAACACCUCUUUCGCCGCUCUCUCCCAUUCGGUUGUAUCUCAGUUCAACGAAUUCCGAGACACGGCGGCAAGCAAAUUUGAUUAGCAGCUAUCAAAAUUGUAUUUUCUGCGGCUCGACGUGUCGGCACUUAAUCAGCAAUUCAUUUCGCUCUUCCAAUAAUUGGGCGAAAUCCCAAGGCCCCAGGCGAGAACCUCCGCAUGCGGCUCUAUAGAAGGUGGUCAUCAUACAUAGCAGUGAAAACAAAAGCCAAUCCAAAGACAAAACAGUGCCCGUGAAUGUGUGACAAACGUGUAUGCAAAUGUAUUCUUUUAAUUGUGCAACAACAACAACAGCAGCAGCGCAGCGGAGUCUCAGCAAUUGGCACAAUUGGCGAUAAAUCAGCAGCAGAAGAAGAAGAGGCGGUGGCGGAGAAGCAGUGUGAACUUUUAGCAGACGCAGCGGAAAAACACAACAAACGAAAAAAAGAAAUAGUAGCGGUGCAUGUAAAAGGGAAAACGAAUAAAUCUACGAACGAACUGCAAGCGAGAGCGAGAUAGCAACAGCUGUCUCAUUAGCAUUUCCAACGCGGGGGAGUAAAAGUGCACUUCUCUGCAAAGAGAAGCGCAAGGAGUGUUAACUAAAAAGGAGUUCAAGCAGUUUAUAUGCAGGAGAAAAGGCUUACACUUAUUAGAGUGACUUUUAAAAGAGGCAACUAGUUCGACUUUCAGAGGAUGAAAUGAACUCUCUUUGAAUAAUCCAAAAUUGAAGCUAAAAAGGAGUUAUAGAAUUAAAAAAAAAUUGGAAAUUAACAGAACAAUUUGGAGUGUAACAAGCAGUGCAUCUUAAGAGUUGGAAUUUAAGAGAAACGGAGUUACUGGAAACUAAGAGAGAAAGGAGUGACUGGAAACUAAGAGAAAAAGGAGCUACUGGAAGUGAAGAGAAAAGGACUCCGCAAACAUCUUAAGAGAAAGCAAGCAGUGCCAGUAGUCGGAACCGGAGUAACGCCGCCCCACUCUCGAGUAUCGAUUUCGCUGUUUUCCUCAGCCAUUCCCUGCGAUUUCUUGCCAUUUAAGUUGGCAACCGUUGACAGUUGGCAGCUGCAGCGGGCGGCGCGCGGGGCCGGGGCCAUCAGCAUGUGGCCCUAGACAAAAGCAACAACCAUAAAAAGCUGAAAACAGAGGGCAACCCAGAGGAGCGGAGUUGGAGAACCACUUGGCAUUCGGGCAACGAAGCAUAACCAGGCGGUUGGGCUAAGACCGGAAAAGCGUCGAUGAGUUGAGUGCCCCUCAGUACCACUCCACUCCACUAUCCGCCUUCCACCCUCUGACCCCUCAACGCAGAGUAAACCCCUCCGAACUCCGUCCCGCAAUGGAUGCGUCGCCCCUGUCGCCGGAACAGGCUCCCAUCUUGGCCACCGGAAGGUCGUUGGACCAGCAGGUGGACGCCAGUUCGCCCAACCACUCGAACUACUCGAAUCUCACCAACAGCAGCAGCAGCAGCGGGAGCAGUGCCAGCAGUCCCUCGGCCUGCUCCUCCUCGUCUUCCUCGUCCUCGGCACCCCAAUACAGUGCCGAUAUCCGGGCGGCUGCACUGCAUCCACAGCAGCAACAGCCACAGCAGUCACUGCGCUCCCAGCAGCAAAGAGGAUCUGCCUCCGGCUCGGGCUCAGGUUCGGGCUCGGCUAAAACCUGUGAGCUGGACCUGGGCGAGGAGCGAGAUACCUUCUCGCCAGUCUCCAGUCCGGACUGCAACGGAGCAGCCGCCGUGGAUGUCCUGCCCUCCUCCAGUGGCUCGUUGGACAACAAGAUCUACGAGGGCGGCAGCAAGGUGAAGCCACCUUCCAAGGAGGAGAAACAGCGACAGAACGAGGAGAUUGUCUGCAUGGAGACCUCGACGGUGUCCACGGAAACUGGCUCCUGGGAGUCCAUGUACCCCGCAGCAAGUGUGGCUCCGCCGGAGGAACCCGAGGAGGCGGAGGAGACCCCCUCGGUUUUCAAGGGCAUCAGUGCCAGCUCCCUGCUGCGGGACCUGGAGAAGCGGGACCAGCCGUUGUCCACCUCGGGAACGAGUGCCUGCUUCAUAGACGCCUCUUCGCUGAGGGACGAGGAUGAGGUGCUGUCCUUCCCCAGCCUAGAUGGACACGCUCAGGAGGAGGAAGUCGGUCAGGAAGUGAACGGCGAGGAGGAGGAGGGCGAACCCUCGCCCACACAGCAGCUGGAGCAGUUUCACAAGUCCUUUGCCCGGUGCAAAGGUGUGAGAUCCGUACAACAGCAGCCGGAGCAGCAAGAUCCCCCAGAUGAGCCCGAGGUGGAGGUGGACCGGCCUGCUGCCAUGUCGGUGCCCUACAGCUUCCAGCACAAUGCCCAGCACUUCAGUGUGCAUCCCCUGGGCAGCAGUCCCAAGUUCAGCCACCACCAACAGCAGCAGCAUCAUCAUCCCGAUCUCAGCUACACCACGGACUACUCCUCCAGCAGUCCGGCUCCGAGUCUGGUGUGGUCGGAGCAGGGCAGGACUCACCAACAGGGUGGUGGGGCCUCCUCCUCCACGCCCCACAACUCGAUGGUGCACAUUGAACCCGCGUCGGCGGGCAGCAACAACUCCUCCAUUCACAGGGAUUACACGCUAUCUUCCUCCCUCUCCCAUCACCGGGAUUCGGGCGCCUACUGCAGUGAUGCCACGGACUCGCCGCUGCCCCUGCCGCGCACUCCAAAGAGAAGCUCCAAGUUCGACGAGGCCAAUCCCAUUGUUUCGGGCGGAGCAUCCAUCGAGGAUUUCCGGGAGAAGCAGUGCGAGAGUCCCAGCAUCAAGAGACGCACAGACACCUGCCCGAUUGUCUCGGGGGGAUUCGUGUCCCUGGACUUUGCGCCCACUCGCCCGCUGGCGGAUGAGGACGACGACGAGGACCUGAACGAAGAUGCAGAGAUAGCCGGCGUGGAGAUGCGCGUCAAGUCGGGACUGCUGCAGAGGAAGCCCGUGCCGGGCAUCGCCUCCUGGGUGGUGGACAUGAGUGACUGCCGGCCGGAGAGGAGGAGGAGCACCAGCAGCACCACCUCCAGCUUCCGCGAGCGCUCCGAUUCGAACAGUUCGCACAAGAGCGGCUGUGGUUUCUACGUUUCGCUGGAUGACAUGGACAGGAAGCCGGCCCAGGAACAACCAAAGGCAGCAGCAGUAGCUCCUCCAUCGCAGCUAAGCAAAUCCUACACAGCACCCAAGUCAGCUGGCUUCUUCGUAGAUCUUUCCCAGAGCGGCAAGGCUGAGGAACAGGCCCCCAAGGAUCAGGAGUUGGCUGUGGCCAAGGAGGAAGCCAAGCCGGAACCCAAGAAUAUAUUCUCCAUGUUCAUUGAUUUUGGGGAGCAAAAGGCGCCGCGCUCCAAUGGCCGGAAGGAACCUUUGAGUCUGGCCCAGAGGCUGUCCAGCUCCCUGAGCUCCUCGGCUUCGAGAAGGGGCGGCGACACCGAGGUGAUGAAAUCCAGCGCCAGCUCCACGGAGACCCUGAUGGCCAAGAGCGUGAACCAGAAGGAUUUGUCAGCGGGCACUGGAGAGAGUAAAUCACUGGACUACAGAUGCAAUUUAGAGCCUCCCUUAACGGUGGCUGCACUGCGUCGUCUUUCGCAGCAGCACCGCCAGCAGAGCGAUCCCGCCAAGCGUCACAGCUGGGGCAGCAAUGGCCAGCCGGAGCAGGCAUCCGGAUCGGCAGCGGGAACGGGAGCGGCGGGCAACGACUGCAAGCGUUCCAUCAGCCUGACCGCCAAUGGAGCCACGGAUUCGGCGGGAGCGGGUCUGAUGAGCAUCAUUGACAAGCUGCCCAUUAUAUCCAAGGCCUCCUCGCUCUCCAUCGACAGCUCUGUCUCGCCCUACGACGACUUCAGUGGCUCCAAUCCCGGCCUGAGCAGCUGUUCGGAGGAGGAGCAGCAGGGCCUGGCCCAGGGCAGGAUCAAGAAGAGGCGCAGGGAUGCUCAGUUGAAUGAGACCUAUGACAAGUCCAGCUUGGCCUCGGUCACCGAGGGCAUUCUCUCCAAGGACUUGUCGCCCGCCUCCAAUACCGACACGGAUGAUCUCACCUUCCAGCAGGACGAACAGCUGGCCAAGGAGCAGGCGGAACUGAUUGCUGCCGUGCCGCUGCAGCUGAGCAGCAGCUCCAACCGCACCAGCAGCGUGAUGGAGACCAUCAUCGAGGCCAAGGAGACGGCCUCGCCGAAGAAGCAGGUCACCCUGAACAAUGGACACACCAUGGAGUCCCUACACGCCACCAUUGAAAAGCAGAAGCAACUGCUGGAGACGGUCAACGAGCACGGGGAACAGACGGCUCAGCAGCCCUCUACGAUCCCCUCGAGCUUCGUGAAGCUCUCCGACAUGGAUAAGCCCGUAAAGCACGACCUGCAGUCCCCGGACUCGAUGAGCAAGAGCGUGGGCAACAACCACAGGAGCUCCCAGCUGGGCCAGCGGCUCUACCGGGACGAGAACCGGGCGCGUCCGCACUCCUGGGCCAUGACCAGAUCCACGGGGAACACGCUGCAGAACUUCACCAACUCGGUGGACAACAUAAGGAGUCUCUCCCGGCUGUUUCCCAACUUCUCCAAGGAGUUCUCCAACUCGCUGCCCAAUGGCAUGACGCUGGAGCAGGUUCAGGGCCAGCAGGUGGACUAUAUCCAAACGGAUCUCAGUGCGGACUCGAGUCUGGCCUCCAGCUUCAGCAGAUCGGGCAUGGAUGAAUCCUCGCUGAGCUGCAGGCAGCCCAGGCGUUUGGGUGAGGACUUGCUCAAGAUGUUCCUGCAGGAGAUCGCCACCGACAUGCUGGUGGAGGUGCACGGUCGUCGCAUCCGCGCCCACAAGUGCAUCCUGCGGUCCCGCUGUCAGUACUUUGCUGCCAUGCUGGCGGGCCAUGGCUCACAGAGUGUGGUCUCCCUGCAGGGCUACUCCUACGCAGCCGUGCACUUUGCUCUCUGUCACAUCUACUCGGGUGCCUCGCAUCCGCCGGAUGGCAUUAGCCUGAUGGAGCUGGCCGCUCUGGCGGAUCUGCUGGGACUGGAGGGUCUGAAGGAGGUCACCUCGCAUGCGCUGAAGACGAACUACUGCCACAACUUCCAUAAGCCCUGUUCCGGCUGCACUGACGGCAUCCUGCAGGUGCUGCCCGUGGCCCUCAACCACGCGCUGGACGAUCUGUACAGGAAGUGCCUGCGCUGGACGUGUCGCCACUACCUGAAGGUGUGGCCCACCAGGCAGUUUGCCCAGCUGCCCCCGGACAUCCUCGGCAGAUGUCGCCAGCAGAUUGUGGCCUAUUUGACCUCGGAGACGGUGCUGGACACGGUGCUAGACUGCGACCACCUGCUGGCCCAACUCUCCGCCUAUCGCUGGGGCCACGUCUGCGAGCAGCUGGUGCGCGAGAUCCUGGAGGCAGCCUACGCCUAUGUGGGUGACCACUUUGCCAGUUUGAUCGCCAGCGAUUCCUUCCUCUCUCUGGGCCACGACCGCAGCAGGCACAUCCCGCGCCUGGAGACGCUGCUCCUGCACACGGCCGCCGAGUUGACGCCGGAACAGGCCUGUCGCAGCUAUCAGCGGGUAACCCGCUUGAACACCGUGCUGCAGGCAAAGGUCAUCCACAUGCCCGCCAGCCUGGGGCAAUCGGAGCUGGCUAGGGAGCUGCAGGGUCUGCAGGAGGAGCAACUGGACUGGCAGCCGGAGUACAUUCGACUGGUGGGGGCCCUCGUCUAUGCCGUAGAGCAGUGCCUCAUCCGGCAGUGCUCACGGGCCAUGCGCGUCACCGCCUGGCAGCGCAUGGAUCUGGAAUUGCGCAAGAAGAUCCAAACGCUGGCGCGUCUCACCGAGCCGCUGGACAUGAAGCGGCAGAAUGGCAAGCCGGUGAGCAAGGCCUUCUCCUUUGGCGGCAGCACGCGCAGCCAGGAUCUGGUGCAGAUCAAGUUGGCCAUCCAGGCGCAGACGAAGCGAGCCCAUGCCCAGGAGACCCUGUUGUACAAGGCCACCCAGACGCAGGACGCAGGAGGAGUGGGUCAUGUGCAGACAACCGAGAGGGGUGUUCAGGCCAAUCAUGAGUCGCGGGAGGGAGGCAGCAAACUGCUCAAGAGCAACUCCCGCGCCUACGUUCCACAUCGCGCCAGCUCCCAGGUGACAUCGGAGCGCAACAGCUUGAAUCUUCAUCGACGCACACAGUCGGAGGCUCCGCCGGUGACCCACAAGAAACCGGCUGCGGUGGCACAGGCUGCUUCCGCAGUGGAACCAAAGACUGCACAAGGAAAGCCCUCCACGGUGGCGGCCAAACUGGGGGAGGUGCGUCCCCGUUACCUGGAACCGCGCAAGCCCAGGGCUGCGGCUCCAUCCACCACAAACGGACAUGGUGCCGGACCCGUGCGCAGUGCCACCAGCUCGAGCAUUCCCGCCAACGGAGGCAGGAAGGCGCCGGCCAAGAACCUGCACAUCUCUUCCAGCGACAGCUCACGGAACUCGAGUCCGGCGGCGCGUAGAGUGCAGAAUGGCACGCGGCUGGGCAACAAGUCGAGCAAUCUUUCCAUGGACAGCCUGGCGUCGCCGGCACGUCGCGCUAAGAGCAGCUCUCGGGGACCGCAGGACCGAUACUCCUCCGACCAGAAUUCGCUGGCGGAGAGCAUGAAGAGCUCUGUGAUCACCAACAAAACGAUCUCACACGAGUCGCUCUCGGGCAGCUCGAAGCUGGCCAGAAUCCAGCAGCUGAAUGGCCACGGCAAAGCAGCUUCCCCUGGAAAGGCCAAGGCCACUCAGCGGGGCUCCACUGUGGGCAACAAGUCGACGCGCCAGCUGAAGCAGCAGCACAAUGCGAUGGCCUCCAACGGGUCCAGUCCCAGCUCGGUGCACACAACCAAGUCGGCGGCCAGUCGCCUGUCUUCCGUCAGCAGCACCUUUUCCACGCGAGAGCUGUUCAAACAGCGCUCCAUUUCAGUGCCUGCAGGUGGUGCAGAUGGAGCGCCGAAUAAGGGACGCCACAGCUUUCUUUCGGCCAAGUCCCGCGAGAUCCUGGCCAAGCGGGCGGAGAAGAACAAGCUGCAGCAGCAACAACAGCAGCAGCAGAAGCAAACCGAAGCCCCCGGCGAGGAGCGUGGAUCGGUGCAGCUGCGUUCCUCCGCUGGCCCCCUGCGCUCCUCCUCACAUUCCGCGGUGUCCAGCAUGCUGCAGCAGCACAAUCUGCGCAACAGCCUGCCCUCCAGCAUUCCCACCAGGCGCCCCAACACGCUGCAUCUGAAGAAGACCACUGCGCUGACCAAUGGAGUGGGUGGGCCCACCAAAACGGCCACUAAUGGCCUGUCAAACGGCAGCUACAAGUCGGCCCAGGCGGUCAAACAGAAGCUGGACCUGCUCAUCGAUGCCCAGCUGGAGAGUGCGGUGCCCAAGGAGCGGGUGGAGUCCAAGCUGGAGCGGUCCAGCACCUUCUGCAAGGACAGCGCCGACCUGGACAUUAGCGAAUUGCAGAUUGUGGAGUAAGCAAGCGAAGCAGCGGGAGGAACAGCAUCAACAUGGGGUCGUAUCAAAUACGGCCCCCGAGCGGAUGCUCCGAACCCGAAUCCAGAAUCCAGAACCGUACACGUCCCAUAAGGCAACACUAGUCAAUAAUCUAGCAUGCAGCUGCCGUUGCAGUUGGCGCAUGAAACCAUUAUACAAUACGAUAAUAACAAGAUGAUGUUACUACCAGCAGACAACUAGCGCGAUAAUUAAACACGUUACAUACCGGACAGCCGAAACAAGUUAUGGCCGUCUAACCUAACCCACUCCGAAGUAUGAUUAUAUUAGCCUAGCCAUGGAUUGUAUGCGAAGCGGAUGGGCCUGGAAAACAGAAAACUGAACGUGAAACAAGUAUUUGGUGAUAUUAUUUAGAGUGCGCUUUAUGUUUACGUUGAAUGCUGAGCGACAAGUGCUUGUACCCGAACUCUCUACUCAAAGUACGAUCCAGCGGAUGCCCACUACAUAUAUGCUUUACGCGCUUUGCAGCCUGCAUUUAAGGUCUUUUUCUCGGUCUCUCUACCCCGCUUUAUUGUUAAAGCCCGCCCGAUAAUACCCUAUAUAUAUUAUAUAUGCAAGUCUGUAUAUAUCUAUAUGAGAAAAGGAUCGAAAUCCAUCUCUAGAAUAUUUUAAGCUUGAUCUUUUAUACUGUUGUUUAUUUAACUCGUACUCUUAACAAUGGCGCAUUACUUCAGCAAGGCAACCAAGGAAACGUCUUUAACAUAUUAUUUUAAACAACUAAUUUAUACAUUUUAAUUAUUUGGUAAAUGUAGAACGAGCGAAAGUGAAUUUUGUAAGCAACGGCAUUGAUAUACUGACAUGAAGUGCAAGAGAAAUAAAUGUGUGUAUUUAUUAAAAGUUACCAUAUAGAA